AAACAGAAACAAAUAAACUUGUACAAUUGGAUAAAUUAUUUUAAUUUUAUAUCCAUAUAUAAUUUGGGGAGGUAGUGAUGUGACAUGCCAAGUACAGUAUUGUGUAUUGGACCUUUUCAUUUUUUAACAUGAACAAUAUUUGGUUGUUCUUACGUUUUAUUCCAACCAGUAUCAAGUCAGACAGAUUUUUGCUUGGCAGUUUUAACCGAUUUAUAUGAAAUGUUUGAUUUAAAGUUCUCCGAGCCUUUGGUUGCUCGAUUUCAUUGGGUGUCAGAAGACGGUUUGAAGCUGCUAACAAAAUACAACAACUCGCAUGAAAUCAGAACCAUCCCAUUGAUGAACGUCGUACACAGUUUUGAAGAUAUAUCAUGCAGUAUAUGUUUCUCACCCGACUCCAAGUACCUUGCUUACUCUUCAGAGUCUUUCUUCAAGAUUUUAAACUUGGACGACUUGGACACCUUUUAUUUAAAAUUAAACAGCAAAGUCAUCAAGGUCUUGUGGAACAAGCGCAGCAGUGCUGUCGUCUUCAUAUCUGAUUUGGAGCUGUUCACAGGUGUCUGCGAUAUCAUAAAUCACAAGAACUUUAAGCUAAAAGGCUGUUCUCUUGACACGCUUGGAAAACCUUUGUGCUCUUUUAGCCCAAAUGAUGAUUAUUUCUGUACAAUUUCCUCACAGAAGUUACACGUAUACUGUGCCAAAUUGUGGACUCUGAAAAUAAUUAUUAACUGUUAUGGAGUUUCAAUGCUGAAAUUUAUCUCACCAUAUGUUGUGUUUGUCGCAAUGAAUGAAAGUUAUCGUGCGAUCUCUGUGCUGAGUGCUUCUAAAUUAAUUGAUAAAGAUUGCCUCCCAGACCAUUGCGUUAAAGACAUAGCGGUAUCUGAAAAACACUUGCUGGCUUGUAUCGCUUCAUAUUCGAAUAGUUUAAUUAUUUAUGAGACUGUGUCAUUUAAACAGCUUAUUCUAAUCAGUUGCAAGUUCAAACUUCAAAUAAGCAAUGCAGUCAAUAUAUGGGAGGAAAAACACAACAGGAUGUGUUUAAAAUGGAUUUUUAAUUUAGACAACCUGGAUUUCUACAUCGUUAAAAAUUUUAGCGAUGAGCACCAUGCUAAAAACAAAAAGUUUAUCACUUCUUUCAGCCACGAUGGUAAAUUCAUUGCCGCCUACAAUCCUGGUAUACCUGAUUUUGUAAGUAUCUGGUCUUGGUCGGAAGACUCACCGUUGAAAUCUAUCAUACUUGUCAACAACACAGAAAUCAAAGGGUUAAAAUGGGCCAAGCAGAACGUCCUCGCUAUCGUCGGAAAUAACAAGAUUUUCUUUUGGCAUGAAACGUCUUGCACAAAUAUUGUACUGAACGAUGAGGUUCAAUUCAAUUGGGUCAACAAGGGAAAGUGCAUAUGUACAAUUGGUAAUAACAACAUAGUUCAGCUUGUGUCUGUAAUUUUAAAGCCUAUUUGAAGAUAAUUUUGGUUCAUUUGAAGUCUAGAAUAUAACAAAACUAAACUAACCAGAAAUGUUUUUGCCUUGUCAUUUGAAAUAUUUUUACUAUUUUGUUUUAUUCGACUUGAAAUACAAAACGAUAUAAAAUAUUUGGACUUUAACAAAAAAAGUUAUUGUUAUGGAAGAGGACAAGAGGAGGGAAAAGAGGCGCCCCUCCGAAACAUUAGAAGAGAACCGGCGGCAACACUGGGACGGUUGGCAACGCUGAGGGGUUGGUGUUGACGAGAGGGAAGAACAAAGAAACGGGACUAACGGUGGUACGCACGGAGAACUGCGCAGUUGUGGUUGUUUGGGACAACGGCGUUUUGUAUUCUAGCGACUUUAAUUAAAUUACUUUAUAUCAAA